CGCACCACCAACAUGAGCGAGGAUUUCUUGCGGCUUGUUUCACAGGCCAAUCCAGCGACUCGCCAGCAAUACCAACCAGCUAACGACGGUUAUCCUCCAGCCAACUCACCUCAAUUGCUCGACCCAUUCUUCGAUGACGAUGAUGAUCUUCCCGACUCUGCCUUUGGGAGGCAAGCCGGACCCAUGGAUUCACAGGCCAGCGGCCUACCUUUAGCAAGAAAUGCGGCACCACCUGCUGGAACAGGUCAGCCUCGGGGUUGGGACGAGGACGAGUUUCGUAACCAACCUUUUGCUGGUUCAAGCACAUUCAACGGCACCUCCCCAAAGCCAACGGAAACGAAGCCCACCAAACCGCGGAGGAGAUGGAAAUGGCCAUGGCAGAAGGAGAAGGAGCUCACAGGCGACAGAGUGAUAGCACUCAACAACGCGGCCGCCAACGCCGAGUUUUGCUCCAACUUCGUUUCCACCAGCAAAUACAAUGUUGCAUCCUUCAUCCCCAAGUUCUUAACAGAACAAUUCUCCAGAUACGCCAACCUUUUCUUCCUCUUUACCGCCUGCAUCCAACAAAUACCGAAUGUGUCCCCAACCCAGCGCUACACAACGAUAGUACCUCUCGGUGUUGUACUCCUCGCUUCAGCAUUCAAGGAGAUUCAAGAAGAUCUGAAACGACACCAAUCAGACUCAGAGCUCAAUGCGAGACUGGCCAAGGUUCUCGCUUCAGAUUCGACGUUCGUGGACAAGAAGUGGCAGGAUAUCAGUGUUGGGGAUGUGGUUCGAAUGGAGAGUAACGAGUUUAUACCCGCCGACAUGGUCGUCCUCAGCUCCAGUGAACCUGAAGGAUUAUGUUACAUUGAAACCGCGAAUCUUGACGGUGAAACCAACCUCAAGAUUAAACAAGCUUCGACUCACACUUCCUCCCUUGUCGCUCCCUCUCUCGUUAGCUCCUUACGCGGAUCCCUUCGAGCGGAACAGCCCAACAACUCACUCUACACGUUCGAGGGCACAUUCGACCUUAUAACGAAUAGCGGUUUGCCUAAACAGGUUCCAUUAGGACCAGAUCAAGUCCUUUUGCGCGGCGCCCAACUGCGAAACACUUCCUGGGCAUAUGGCGUAGCGGUAUACACUGGCCAUGAGACUAAACUUAUGCGAAAUGCAACUGCCGCUCCGAUCAAGAGAACCGCCGUCGAGCGUCAGGUCAACUUGCAAAUCGUCUUCCUCUUUAUAUUCCUAUUGGCCCUCUCCGUUGGCUCUUCAAUCGGGGGAAGCAUCCGGUCAUGGUUCUUUGCUAGUCAACAAUGGUAUCUGUUCGAGACAACGUCAAUUGGUGGCCGAGCCAAAAGCUUCAUCGAGGGUUUGACCAAUCUAUUCUUCUUAGAGUUUAUUGACUUUGCGGCAGAUAUCUUGACCUUCAUUAUUCUUUACAACAAUCUAAUCCCUAUAUCGCUCAUCGUGACCAUGGAGUUCGUCAAGUUCCAACAAGCACGACUAAUCAAUUCCGAUCUGGAUAUGUACUACGCACGAACGGACACCCCGGCUCUUUGCAGAACCUCUUCUCUCGUCGAAGAGUUGGGUCAAAUCGAAUAUGUCUUCAGCGACAAGACGGGCACGUUGACUUGCAACGAAAUGGAAUUCAGGUGUUGUAGCAUAGCUGGGGUCGCCUACGCCGAGGUUGUCGAGGAAGGCAAACGGGGCGAUGGUGAAGAAGGGAAGGAUAAUGGCUGGAGAACUUUUGCCGAGAUGAAGGCGCUGCUUAGCGACAAUCCCAAUCCAUUCGUCGACCCUAGCGCAGCAGGUUCCGCCAAUGCGCCAGAAGUCAUGGAGCGAGAGGUUGUCAACGACUUUUUGACACUUCUUGCGGUCUGCCACACUGUGAUCCCUGAAGUCAAGGACGGGAAGACUGUCUUCCAGGCCAGCAGCCCUGAUGAGGCAGCGCUAGUUGCUGGUGCAGAAGUGCUGGGAUACCAGUUCCAUACUCGCAAACCCAAAUCCGUUUUCGUGAAUAUCCAAGGGCAAUCACAACAGUUUGAUAUUCUCAACGUUUGUGAGUUCAAUUCGACACGAAAGCGAAUGUCUACCGUCGUUCGAAUGCCCAAUGGCAAGAUCAAAAUCUACACGAAAGGCGCGGACACUGUCAUCUUGGAAAGGCUGAGCAAGAACCAACCGUACACCGAGAAAACAUUGGUGCAUCUUGAGGACUACGCUACUGAGGGUCUGCGAACGCUGUGUUUGGCGUACAGGGAUAUUCCAGAGCAAGAAUACAGACAAUGGUCGGCCAUCUAUGACCAAGCUGCUGGCACCAUCAACGGUCGAGGUGAAGCUCUCGACCGGGCUGCGGAGUUGAUCGAAAAAGAUCUUUUCUUGCUGGGUGCCACUGCCAUUGAAGACAAGCUGCAAGAUGGAGUCCCUGAUACCAUUCAUACCCUCCAGAUGGCCGGAAUCAAGGUCUGGGUUCUAACGGGAGACCGACAAGAAACUGCGAUCAACAUCGGAAUGUCAUGCAAACUCAUAUCAGAGUCGAUGAAUCUGGUUGUUGUCAAUGAAGAGAAUUCGCAUGACACCGAGCAGUUUUUGGCCAAGCGACUUUCUGCCAUAAAGAGCCAACGGAGUACGGGAGAACUCGAGGAUCUAGCUUUAGUGAUCGACGGAAAAAGUCUUGGGUUUGCUCUCGAGAAACCGCUUUCUAAGAUCUUUCUGGAGCUUGCCAUCAUGUGCAAAGCCGUCAUCUGCUGCCGUGUUUCGCCUUUGCAAAAGGCUUUGGUUGUCAAGCUCGUUAAGAAGAACCAGAAAGCGAUAUUACUUGCCAUCGGUGACGGUGCAAACGAUGUGAGUAUGAUCCAAGCCGCACAUGUGGGAGUUGGUAUCUCGGGAGUGGAGGGUCUCCAAGCAGCGCGAUCUGCUGAUGUGGCAAUUUCCCAAUUCCGAUUCUUGAAGAAACUACUCCUUGUCCAUGGUGCUUGGAGCUACCAACGACUGUCCAAGUUGAUUCUUUACUCAUUUUAUAAGAACAUCACGCUCUACAUGACCCAGUUCUGGUUUGCCUUUUUCAAUAAUUUCUCUGGACAAAUCGCCUACGAAUCGUGGACUUUGUCCAUGUACAACGUUGUAUUCACACUGCUGCCUCCACUUGUCAUCGGUAUUUUCGACCAAUUCGUGUCAGCGCGGAUUUUGGAUCGUUACCCGCAACUCUACAUGCUUGGCCAGAAGAACAUCUUCUUUACGACCACCGCCUUCUGGAUGUGGGUUGGUAACGCAUUGUACCACAGCCUGGUAUUGUUCGCAUUCUCCGUCGUCCUAUUCUGGGGAGACCUGAAGCAAGCCACUGGUCUGGAUUCGGGCCAUUGGUAUUGGGGGACCAUGCUUUAUCUCGCGGUGCUCCUCACAGUGCUAGGCAAGGCGGCAUUAAUAUCAGAUUUAUGGACAAAAUAUACGGCAGCCGCCAUCCCUGGCUCCUUCAUUUUCGCCAUGCUCUUCCUCCCGUUAUACGCCCUCGUUACGCCCCUUCUUGGGUUUUCACAAGAAUACUCGGGUUUGGUGCCACGUUUAUGGACAGAUUCGAUAUUCUACCUCGUCCUUCUUUUCAUUCCUAUAUUCUGUCUUGUCCGCGAUUUCGGCUGGAAAUACUACCGACGGACGUAUAUGCCCUCGUCAUACCAUAUUGCGCAAGAGCUGCAGAAGUACAACAUUCCUGACUACAGGCCUCGACAGGAGCAAUUCCAAAAGGCGAUCAAGAAGGUUCGUGCGGUCCAACGAAUGCGCCGUAAUCGUGGCUUUGCCUUCAGCCAAACAGAGGAUGGUGGAAAGCAGGACCAAGCAAAAUUGAUUCGGGCGUACGACACAUCAAAAGGCAAUUCCAAGCCUUCAGGAUAUUAG